AACAGAGUAUGAAUCCAUGAGGGGAAGGGUUGGGGGUUGACACACUUAUCUGAGUUUUAGAAGUUAGAUCAAUGACCAAGAAAAGCCUGUAAAACAAGAAGAACACACGAGAUGACAAGAUUUAUUUUAUCAGAGUUUCAAAACUGCAUUAGGAUUCUCAUGCACUAAGAAAGCAACAAAAAGAAUCGAACUCUCGUGAUAUUCCCCCCUCUCCACGCAGCAUCGCGUCAGAUAUGGGGGACAGUGAACGCAUCACUUACAUAUUGGGCGCAUGUUCCGCGCAUGCUGGGACGCUCGACCAAUCAGAUCGACGCAUGCCGCAAACCACACCUGCGCGGCAACUCGUGUCGCGCGCCUCAUCAUCAGCAUUGUACUAGCAGCGCCGCAAACAAAAGUUACAGGAGUUUGUCUCUCUUCGGUUCACUAAAGUUUAUUUAUUUUUUUGCCAUGCAGGGUUAAAUUUAAGUCGGGGGAAUAUUAACGAGGACGAAAGCUGCACUGACGCCUCAGGAGAAGACCGACGAGUCCCAUAGAAGCCAACUACAGCCGUGGAAAAGUUAUUGUUCGCGGAGCCCCGGUGGGGUUUAAAGUUCAGCUAGGCUAUUAGCAGGUAGUUAGCUUCGUAUCUGUACCCGUUGGUCCCCUCACAAUGGCAGCUGUGUGCCAGCCGCGACGUGCUUUGGUGGAAAUCCCUGCACCGCAGCCCAAAAUUGCAGCUCGAAUGAGGAGGUCCUACUUAGAAAUUCUGAGUGCACGUUUGGCUCCGUCUCCUCUUCCAAGAGGGAGAACCACAGCUCCAAAGCGUGUACAAUCAUUGGACUUGUCCAUCGGUGGAGUUUGGAGAGGAGGGAUGGAGGAGCAUUGUGAGAAGAUGGACGAGCCCCACACACCGCUCUCCAAACAGCAGCUUGUACAGCUGAUCAGAUCCCUGAUCUUAGUGGAACAGAGCCAAGAGCCAAGGAUCAUAGCGUCAGACCUGAAAUAUCUUCAGGAAGACCUGCAGCUAAAGAAGGCAAAUGUUUACAGGUCCAUACCUUAUUCACGGUUUGGCUCCAACAGGGAUGCUCACUGCUACAGGAAGGCCUAUCCUCAUCUAGUGGCAUUCAAAGUUUCGUGUCAGGAGUGGGGCCAAGUUCUGCUGAGGAACAAAGAGUGGGACGCUGCGUUGGAGCACUCGUUGAUGGCGUGGCGAUACACCAGCGAGUUGCCGCAGUGGGACACGGCGAACCACAACGCUCUCCGAGAACAGUGUUACAGCAUCCUGGCAGCUCACAGCCUCACCGCUCUGGAGCACUACCGCCCCGAACCCAACAGAGGACGCGAGCUGCUCAGAAGGUUGAAGAUGGCUCAGCUGCAUAGCCAGUCAGUUGUUCCCUGUAUUCAGGAGCUGCAGAGGAUUAUGGGAUGCUGUGAUGACUCAUCCAUGGAUACAAAAUGAUAGGAGAAUGCACCUCAACAGCUGGAUUCAUGGCAGUGAAAAGUGCGCUCAGUGAUUUAUGUGUGUUAAUGGGCCAAAAACAUUUUACAUGGUGGUGUUUGUUUGGAAAAACCACUCCAGUAUUCUUCCAAAGGGCACGGUCGCCAGUGCAAAAUUGCCAAAAGUGCCACACAAUGCGGGUUUGUAAAGGUGAUGAAAACCACCCUCUAAAUGGUUGGAAAUGCAAUAAAACCUCUUAUUUAUUCACGUGGCAUUUUAACAUCAACUGCAAAGUGUCAUGAAGAGGAGUGCAUUCAUUGGUUAAUGGAGCAUUCUGUUCAUACAUUACCUUGCAGGCUAUAAAAUAUGUUCCCUCAUUUCUAAGGAGCAUUCACACUCUGACAAAUGUUAUGGUCACUUGGUGCUGGCAGUGAUGUAAUGAAAAUAUUUGUAUGUUUUUAGAUCUUUGUAUAAUGUAGUCUGGAUUGAAAUGUAAAGAAUAUAAAAUGUCUCAUGUUGCUUUAUGGGUGUGUAUAUAUGUUACUGUUCACGAUACUUGAAGCUGUGGCCUUUUGUCUUCAACUAGUUAAGUUUUAUGUGUUGUAGAGAAUUGUCUGUCAUCGAUUGCACUGUUUGUCCUGAAAACUUGAAACUUGAUAAAAUAGGUUCCUAAUUUAAAUAAAUUCCUUACUUUGAACUGCAGAAAAGCUUCUUUGUCC